AUGGCUACUGCUCCGGGAUUGGGCCUGUUGCUGGCCCUGGUGGUGGUGCUCAUGUCGGGCCUGGUGGCAGCGGACUGUGAGUGCGGAUUCCUCACGCAGCAGACCUCUGGGAAUCAAACACGGAACGGAACUAUAAAUGGAAACGAGCAACUGUUCUUUACCAACAUGAUGGAGAGCAAGUUCUUUGCGAUGCGAGACAUUUCGCGGGACGGCACGUGGAAGAGGCAGCAGUACAACGUUUCGGCGAGGGCUGGGAGAGGCGAGUAUGGCAAGUCGUUUGGUUUGGACAAUGUGUAUACGACUGCUCGUGAGGGCGACGAUACUGAUGCUACGGAGAGCGAUGGAUCGAACAACUCGGAUGGUGGUGACGGGGUUGGGCUUGUGGUGGGCAGCACUGUUUGGGAUGAGGCUAUUCCGGUGGCGGAGCUGGACUCGGCGAGGAAGGACUUGCAUUACGGCUCGUAUCGUGCGGGCAUGAAGCUGACGGCCGUCAAUGGCACCUGUGCGGCUUUUUUCUGGUACUUCAAUGACACCCAGGAGAUUGACAUGGAGUUUCUGUCGCGAGAGUUUGACCCCGUGAAGAAGAUCUAUCCCGCCAAUCUCGUGAUCCAGUCGGAAGCAUCGCGGAAGGCGGGCUAUGAUGCGUCCAAGACGGGCACCUUCAAGGUGGUCAACCUCACGUUUGACCCUACGGCUGGAUUCCACGAGUAUCGCUUCGACUACCUACCCAAUCGCGUCUUGUUCUAUGCCGAUAGCCAGCUGCUGGCCGAGAUGAAUGGAACCUCGGUGCCCUCUGGUCCUGGUCACAUCAUUCUUCAGCAUUGGAGCAACGGAAAUCCCCUGUGGUCUGGAGGCCCUCCCGAGGAGGAUGCUGUUCUCACUGUGAGCUAUGUCAAGGCCUACUUUAACUCUUCAGACUCGAAUGUUCAAUCCAGCUGGGCUGAGAGCUGCCGAAAGGCACGCAGCGACAGUUCAGACGAUAUGAGCAGUGACAGAGUGUGUACGGUUGCAGACCCAAGCGGCGGCGGAAAUGAUAAUGAGAGCGGCGCGACGUGUCUGGGCAGCAUCGGGACGAUGAUGAGAAGUGCGAUAGCGCUGGUCUUGAUGAUGACUUGCUUGUGA